GUUUUCAUUGAAUGUAAAUAUUUGUUCACCAUAUCAGUAUAACUUCCUGAAUGCAUAACAUUCAAAGCUUUCUUCCUCUAAUCCGUAACAAGCCCUGUUCUCUAGGCACAGCUGAGUUUGAUAUACUGUCAGCUUGAGUGUGUUUCCUCUCACCUGGUUACAGGUGCAUGGCAACCUCUCCUGACGUAGACACACACACACACACACACACACACACACACACACACACACACACGCUAGACUCCCUCCCUUCGGUUUCCUGCCACUGACAGAUCCACCUACACCGGCAGUGGGAAAAGUCUCUGAUAUAAAGGGUGAAAUGGACUAGGGGUCUUCAAGAUGCAGACGGUCAGAACGGUGGAUGUGGUUGACUGCUCCUUUCUCUUCUGCUUUUCCAAGCACAACAAGGCAGCUGUUCAGAUAAAGGAGGACAUGAAGAGGAUGGUGCAGCUGCCCAUGAUCAAAGCCUCUCCGGCCACCGCCACAGCGGGGAAGAAGAUCUUCGGCGUGUCCCUGCUGGAGUUGAGAGGUCUGGGACUUGUCAAGGACGGGGUUCCUGUGGUGGUCCGGAGCAUGGUGGAGUAUCUGGAAAAGCAUGGUCUUCAUCUGGAGGGUCUGUUCAGAGUAAACGGCAGCGUCCGGACUGUGGAUAACCUGCGGCAGAGGUUUGAUGGAGGAGAAGAGGUGGAUCUUCAUCAGGAUGCAGACGCCUGUGCUGUAGCCAGUUUACUGAAACGGUUCUUGAGGGAUCUCCCUGAAGGUCUCAUCCAUCCCUCCAUCCACAGUCCUCUCAUUCAGCUGUACCAGGAAUCUAGUGAGGAUGACUUCUGUAAGGACGUGCGUGAGCUCCUACUCCAGCUGCCAGAUAUCCACUACAGUCUCCUGCAUUACUUAUGUCACUUCCUGUCCCAGGUGGAACAGGAACAUACUCAUAACCGCAUGACUGCCACCAACCUGGCCACGGUGUUUGGGCCCAAUGUCUUCCAUGUGUCAUCUGGUUUUGACGGUAUACGGGAGCAGAAUAUCUGUAACAACAUUAUGGCCAAGCUGAUCCAGAACUACAGCGCCAUCUUUGAGCCUGUGGUGGAGAGAAAACUAAUCGAAGAAAAACCUUCAAACCUCAUCAUAGUCAAAGAGGCCAACACAAACACUGAAAACACAGAGAUUUCAACUUUCACUCCUGCUCCGAAGGCACAUGCUCCACAUGUCAAGAAGAUGAAGGUCACUCAAUGCACUCCAGUUGACAAUACAGACCCGUUUAGAGAAAGCGAGUCUAGUCCAGACAAUCCUAUACAAACACUGAGAAAAAAGAAGAUGAAGAAGAUAACGAAAGAGGCUGUGCCGAGAUCUUUUCCUCAGCCGGCUCCCUCUGGUGAUCCCGUCUCCAGGCCUUUGACCCAUCUUCCAGACAGAAGCUCGGGUGCUAGAGCUCAGUUUCUUCCACACUCUCCAGACCGGAGCAUCAGCUCCAGCACUGACGGCAUGAACCUAAGCCCUCGGACCGCAAGCCCUGCCAGAUCUACAGAGACCUUCAACAGUUCACAGAUCUCUCCCGGACACUGCAGACUUGAAUUAACAAAUUUUCUGGAGAAGACCAUUCGCUCAGCGGUCGAGCAACACCUCUUCAACUCACACAUGCCCACAGGUCAGAGUUCAGAGGGCUUGCGGCCGACUGCCCACUCUUCAUCUCCUGUGACGACAGCCCGAGCGAGGAGGAGACAUCUGCGAGAACAAGAGGAGAACUUCAGGGUCGAGGGUGAUAAAGAGAACGUCCCGUCUCCGAGUGUGAGGGUCACAGAGGAGGGUGACGGGCGUCUGCUGCUGCCACCACACGAGGGUCAGAGAAUCAGGAAGCCCAAACACAGUCCCACACUGACCGAGCACUCAGACAACCAGGACGCCUCCACCCCAAUGGAAUGCCAAGGACCUGAUAUGGUGUCAGCUGAUUACAGGAGGAACCAUCAAAAGGACAACGGCCUGCAUUCUGUUCAGACGCCUGCCAUGAAGAUCCAGGAGGCUCUUAGUGCCGCAGAGCCAUGUGACGAUGUCCCUCGACUGGACCUGUCUACUCUGACGGACGACAAUAACUGGGCAGAACCAGUCCCGUCCUACUCGUCGUGGCAAAGGGAGAGUAUGGACCGCGAAGAAGCUCGUCUGUCACCUCACGCCGGUGGCAAGCUGAUUCGACAGCUCCUGGAGGAGGACAGCAACCCAAUGGUCUCACCGCGGUUCUACGCUUAUGGAGAUGGCCAACAGUAUCUGGAUGACACUGAGGUUCCUCCAUCUCCACCCAAUGCCCACUCCUUUGUCAGGCGAAGAAGUUCAUCAUUAGGCUCCUGCGACGAUGACCGGGAAGAGCUCACUUCAGCCCAGCUUUCAAAGCGGAUCCACGUACUCAAGAAGAAGAUCAGGAGGUUUGAGGAGAAGUUUGAGGAGGAGCAUAAAUACAGGCCUUCACACAGCGACAAAGCCGCCAAUCCAGAGGUUCUGCGGUGGAUGAAUGAACUGGCCAAGAUGCGCAAAGAUUUAAAAGAUCACAAGUUGCUAAAGUCAGAAGAGGAUUUGACGCCCAUCCCCCGCCAGCGCAGCAACACUCUUCCCAAGAGCUUUGGAUCUCAGCUGGAGAAGAAACCCACUGAGACCAAAGCCCCCAAACCCCCUGUGGAGAGCACGCUAGAGGCAGUUAUGGACAAACUGCAGGAGAAACGCAAGGAGGCUGGCCGACCUGAAGACGUUAAGGACAUGACCCGUGAGCAGAUAGGAGCAGAAAAAGUGGCCCUUCAGAAAGCUCUAUUAUAUUAUGAGAGCAUCCACGGGAGACCAAUCACCAAGAACGAGAGGCAGGUCAUGAAGCCUCUAUACGAUCGGUACCGACUCAUCAAACAGAUCCUCUGCAGAGCGUCUGCCAUUCCAGUCAUUGGCUCGCCUUCCAGCAAGCGCAGAGGCCCCCUGCUGCAGCCCAUUAUCGAGGGUGUACCAGCCCUAUUCUUCAGCGACACCAAGGAGGAGGAGGACGGCUCGGACGAUGACAACGACACCAGGACACAGUUCACGGUCACGGUUAAGCCGGAACUGAGCACGCUGGGACUUCUCGACCAGCUGGAUGAGGACACAGAUGGUUUCAUCUCGCCUGUUGAUGAACUCUCGCCCUCCAAGAACACCACUGACAUGAGAUUGUCCAAUUUGCAUGCUGCAACCAUGCAGGAACUUGUGGAGCAACUCCAGGAAGCCCGUGAAGAAAAGAAAAGAAUCCGCAAAAACCUCCGGGAUUUUGAGGAUCAGUUCUUCAAACAGAACGGCAGAAACGUGCAAAAGGAAGAUCGCUCACCCUUGGCUGGAGAAUACAAUGAAUACAAGCACAUUAAAGCCAAGCUACGGCUGUUGGAAGUGCUCAUCAGUAAAAGAGACUCCUCUAAGUUCAUCUAGUGCUCAGCUGGGAUUUACUCUACUAGCCAAAUAAGGACCAGCCACUGCUUUUCAAAGCAAUAUAUAGUGUGUACAAAGACAUGUUCCUCUUUGUUAUCGACUCAUUACAGGCACAUUUGGGUUUGAAGGACGCCAAGACUUACCUGGUUCACCAGAUGUACAGUGCUGUUUGUUCCACUGUACAGCAAAAAGGACUUGUGUCCGCUAUGAGACCGUGGAUUUCAGAAUACAAUCGGAUUACUUGUGAAUCUCUGAUCUUAAUUCCCUUUGAAGCCCAGAAGAAUGUUUCCGUUAUAUUUUGUGUUGUAUUAUACAGAUUUUUAGCUUUUUUUCUAUAUUAAUAUUGCUGUAAUAUAGAAACAACUGUGUUUUCACAAUCAGACAUAAGCUUUGAAGAACAUUGAGAUAAUGCGUCUUAAAUCAUCGGUGUAUAUACUUAGAGAUGAGGAGAGUUUAUCAUUAUAGCAACUUUUCGUAUUUGAUGAUUUGAAGAAGGUAACCGAUUUGUGGAAGGAAGGCUCUCUGUAUAUUAUUUUUAAUUAUUUACUGGUGCCAUAAUUCUUUAUUUUGAACAUUAAUGCUUCUGAGAAAAUGUAUUAUUUGAACAUGUUCAUCGUUAAUCAAAUCUCGUUCUCCCUCCACUAAGACCAGUGACUAAGCUAGAGUUUACUUUACAAAAGAAAAAAAAAAA